AAUCAGGCCAUUUACCCUGCACAGAGAUGGAGGUUAUUGAAUCACUGGGGAUCAUUAUAUACAAAGCCCUGGACUAUGGUUUGAAGGACAAUGAAGAGCGGGAAUUAAGUCCUCCACUGGAGCAGCUUAUUGAUCACAUGACUAAUACCACAGAAACAGAGGGGAGUAAAGAUGAGGGAUAUGAUGCUCUGGAUGAAGGAGUGGAGGAUGAUGAUGAUGAUGAUGAGAAAGAGGAAGUUGAGGCCAUUCGUUCCUAUAAAGAUGUCAUGAAGCUGUGUGCUGCCCAUCUGCCAACCCGAUCAGAGGCACCGAACCACUAUCAAGCAGUAUGUCGGGCUCUGUUUGCUGAAACGAUGGAAUUGUACACUUUCUUGGCCAAAAUUAAAAGCGCAAAAGAGAAUCUGAAGAAGAUUCAAGAAAUGGACAAAGAAGCAAGUGACGAAACCAGCACAGACCUUGAUGACUUAAAAAAUGCUGACUGGGCUCGUUUUUGGGUGCAAGUGAUGCGAGAUUUACGGAAUGGCGUCAAACUUAAGAAAGUUCAAGAGCGUCAGUACAACCCCCUCCCGAUAGAAUAUCAGCUCACACCCUAUGAAAUGCUGAUGGAUGACAUUAGAUCCAAACGCUAUACCUUAAGGAAGGUUAUGGUCAAUGGUGACAUUCCACCGCGAUUAAAAAAGAGCGCACAUGAAAUAAUCCUGGAUUUCAUCCGAUCACGACCUCCAUUAAAUCCUGCCUCUGCAAGAAAAUUAAAACCAACCCCACCACGGCCACGCAGCCUUCAUGAAAGGAUAUUGGAGGAAAUCAAGGCAGAAAGGAAGUUACGUCCUGUCUCACCUGAUGAGAUAAGGCGUAGCAGGCUGGCAAUGCGGCCACUUAGCAUGUCUUACAGUUUUGACUUGUCAGCUGUAUCUACGCCAGAGAUUGGAAGAAAAUUAGCAGACACCUCUGUAGUGAAUGGUGGCUUGCCACCGCAAGGAAAGCAGAACGGUGCCACGCAGGUGACAGUACAACGAAAGAGACUCCUUAAGGCUCCCACAUUGGCUGAACUUGACAGCUCGGAUUCAGAGGAGGAGUCAGUGGACAAAUCAGCAAGUAGCAGCAGCAUUUCCCCCUCUCAAAUGGAAGACCCCUUUCAGGAAGGCACCAGCAGCAGAAAGAUGCCUCCAAAGUUCUUGCCGAUAUCAUCUACACCACAACCAGAGAGACGGCAGCCACCUCAGAGACGACACUCCAUUGAAAAGGAAACGCCAACCAAUGUGAGACAGUUCCUACCACCUUCAAAGCAGAGCUCCAGAUCACUUGAGGAGUUCUGCUACCCCGUGGAGUGUCUCGCUCUGACAGUGGAGGAAGUCAUGCACAUCCGUCAGGUGCUGGUGAAGGCAGAGCUGGAAAAGUACCAGCAGUAUAAAGAUAUCUACACUGCUCUCAAGAAAGGGAAGCUCUGCUUUUGCUGUCGAACAAGAAGGUUUUCUUUCUUUACCUGGUCUUACACUUGUCAGUUCUGUAAGAGGCCUGUAUGCUCACAGUGUUGCAAAAAAAUGCGAUUGCCGUCAAAGCCAUAUUCCACCCUCCCCAUCUUCUCACUGGGACCUUCAACCUUGCAGAGAGGAGAAAGCUUCAUGAGGCCAGAGAAACCCUCCACCAGUCAGCACCGGUCAGUGAGGAGCGUGCCCAGGUUGGCCUCAAGGUCCAAAUCUGUGGAUAGGUCACAUGAAGAGCUACAAUUUCCCAAAGAAUUGAUGGAGGACUGGAGCACGAUGGAGGUGUGCGUGGACUGCAAGAAGUUUAUUUCAGAAAUCAUCAAUUCAAGCCGGCGCAGCCUCUCUCUGGCCAACAAGCGAGCCAGGUUAAAAAGGAAAACACAGUCUUUCUACAUGUCAUCGCCGGGAACCUCUGAAUACUGCCCAUCUGAACGAACUAUCAAUGAGAUCUGAGCCUUGUGCCUUUUUAUUUGCUUUUGUCUUCAUGAGGUCAUGAUCCAUGAGCAAGGUCACUGAGACUGGAUUGCCAUUCCGUUGCUUCGUUUCACUUAACAGGCCUGAAUUUGCAUUAGCUCACAGGAUUUCCUGCUCCGAGGGUUCCCAGGGACGCAGAAUGCUAUGUUUGUAUCUGUACAGAAUGAUACGCAACGGGUCAGCUGAUCACACUGGAAGAAAAACAAUAGUUUGAAAUUGUUGCCUCUUUCAUAUGUGUGCUUUGAAACUAGAAAGCCUUUUCUUGCUUUUUUAACCAUUCUUUGAAUCAUUUUUCAGGGGACGAGCUGAAACAUAUGUUUAAAGGAGAACCAAAUCUAACAAGGUGUCAGUGUUAGCGCAGUAGCAAACAGUUAAGUCAUAUUGGCGUUACCAACCUAGUAAUGCUCAUAUCCUAGUUUAAGUGGCACAGAGUCCUAUCACACACCACAUACGUAGUGUGAGCGAUUGCAGUCAAAACUAUCUUUCUUCAAACUGUUUUUGUUGCUCUGAGAUCAGGGUUCAGCAUGGGACUUCACAACAUCCGUGUCCUUGGGCAAACGUAUCCGACGCCGCUGUUCGCCCCUGUGGUCGGCCGUUCCCCUGCGCUGCUCUACUUUUCAAGCCUUAGUGUACUUCUAAGUGUCUCCUGAGCAGGUUUUAGUAGUUUACUUUCUAUCUUGAAUGUAUGAUGAUGAUGGUUAGUAGCAGUCAAUUUUAGUAGUAGACAGAGUUGUACAGAUUACGGGAAGGAUGGGAAAUAAGGGAGGUUCUAGUUUUAACUGAAUACCUGUAAAGUUGUUCUUCUGGUUACCCCGAGAAAAAAGGUGGGUAAGGUGUACAUUUGUAUUAUAAUGGAACACAAAUACUGCUAUAGUUACUUCUGACAGCAUAUCCAUGGUUAACCCCAUUUUUCUGGGGUUUCUAACUUGGCUGUAGAAUUUAGUAUUCUGCUGAAAUUUGGGACAGUGCUGUCUCAGAUUGGGAACGCUCUCUCUCUUUUUUUCUUUUCUCAUUCUCUUUUUCCCUGUUUAAUUCACUCGCAAGAGAAUGCUAAGUCUAGAUGUUCCUGUAAUGUUACAAUGUUAACUGACAUCACAUGCUUUUUUGCACUUUUUUAUAUUCAAAGUAAUUUUUUUAAAUUCAGGCAUAGCCAGAGUUUAGUCUAUAAUUUGAUCAUUUUGGUAUUUAAAAACAAAUUAACAUAGCCAAGUUAUUAAUACUUGAAAAUCAACUACUGUAACUUUUUCAUACAAUUUUUAAUACCCUGAGGCAUAUUUAAUAUCUAUAUAGCGGUGUAUUAUAGAAUGACAUAGCAGAAAAAUUUCAGAUCUAUUUAUUAACAUUUCUAUACUUCAGAUUAAUGAGAGAUACCUCAGAACUGCUCCACAGUAGCUGGGACUGGAUUUACAUAACUUGAUUUUAAAUGCGUAUGUAUCAGAACAGAUUCUCCUGUCCAAAUAUUGUAGAUUUAAAAGCCCGGCAGGGGCCAGAUUCCCCAGGAGGCGCUGGUAGCGCGUGGUGCAGAGGCUGCGUAUUGCCGGCGACGGCCUGGCCCCGUGCAGUAGCUGCGCUCCACUUGCGCUGCCGGUUGCCUCCUGCUGCCCAGCGCCAAAAGGAUUCCCCUUCAAAGUAUGUUUGCAGGUUACAUUGCAGUCUUCAGAGCAGCCAUUCAUAUCAUAAAUUUGUGUUAAUUGGAAAAGCACAUGCAGAAGUCUCCUUAAACCUUCCCAGGGACUCACCCAUCCUUAUUUUUCUUUAAACACCUUUUUAGAAAAUGAGAAUUUUUGCAUACACAGGGCUCGUUGAAAUAACGUUUUAAGCUUUGCGUGAACUGACGCAAACAGGAAAAGCAGGGCUCACGGCUAACUCUCCCUCUUUUGCUGUCCCAUGAGAGGUAAGGUGUCUUGGCCCUCUCUUUGGGGUACCUCUGGAAACGUGUUUGGCAGGUUGAAGCACCUGGUGUGUUGAGUGAGAUAAGGCUGCAGGAUUGCGGGCGGUGAGUAGCACAGGGGCCUGAUUUGAGAGGUCUGCUGUUGCUGGAGGGUUGCCUGAUCUCAACCACAUCAGCACUUUCUCUUGUUUCUGUGGCAAAACCAGGCCUUGUGUCUGCUGCACAGUGGUCACAUCAGGAAAACUAGACUCAAAGAAGUGCAUGAAGUCUCACUUUGAAUCUCCCCUGUUGUUCUUACAAUUUUCUCCUGAAAAACGCCCUGGCCACAGGUUACAGUUCACUCCAGUUCAAGCCACCAAGGUGCAGGGUGUCUAGCAUGCUUAAUUUUCCUUUGAGAAGGGUUUAGGGUAUCGCAGAGCAGGCAGAAUGAAGGACCAAGUAAAUCCUGAGCGUGCAAAGGGGCAUCAAUCAGUCCCCACUGCACACCAGAGCCAUCCGCCAGCCCCUCCGUGGGAGCCGCACUCCCUCCGCCACCUCAGCAGCGUCUCGGUGCCCUCGUCCCUCUGGGGCCGGCUGCCCCCCGCGUCCAGGCAGGCCUGGAGGCAGAGUGCGAACCUUGUGGGGCUUCGUUGCCCUCGGACGCCCAGCAGCAGUGGGCUUGGAGCUGCAUGGGGCAGCGUGCAGACCCCACACGGCAAGGUGGCUUAUCAACUACUCCGGCGUUUUGACACAGCGCUGCUGUGGGGCAGGAGGUAGCCACUCACGCUCACCUCCCUUCUUGCCCGGGAAAAAAAAAAAAAAAACCCUCCGGACUGCUGACACGAGCGCUGGCAAGGUCCGGGAAAGGUGCUGUAGUGGGGCUGCCUCUCCCCUUUUGCUCCCGUCCUUUGCUCUCUGCCACAGUUGCUCCGUGUUAUGCUGGCGUUAAUUCAGCAAAGGAAAAAGCAAUGGGUUUGGUGAUGAUGCAAAGCCUGGAGGAGCUCAGCUCGCUCUCUGCCUGGCUCUCUGCGGAGUGGGUUAUUUUUAGCGUUCCAUCUCGCUGCUUGCGCUAGCAUCCCAAAUCCACGCCAGGCAUUUGCCUGUGUACCUCGCGGUGCUGCCCAGCAUGUCCUAUUUAUGGUCGCAACAUCAUAUUCAUGUCGGAGUAAGAAAUCAGAAGCUUGUAAAUAUGUGUAAUAUAUUUAUUAAUAUUUAGGAAGUCGCCAUCAAUCAUGCAAUGAGAAUUGACUUUUCCGUGACAUUUUAAAAAGAAAAUGAGUCCUAUUUAUAUGUGUGUUGGCUAUUAUCUUUAUUAGAGUUAAAGCUUUCAGCCCCUUCAGACCGUCUGCACUCCAUAGGCAUUUUAGAGUGAAUUACCGCGGGGGGGGGGGGAAAGAAAAAAAAAAAAUGUGGGACUAGUACAGUGAGGUCACAUCCAUGAAUUUUUAACAUCUUUUAUUUUUCUAGCUGUGUUAAUAUGCCCCAGACCUGUUUAAGUAUAGCAUUAGAGACCCAAGGAGUCAAAUACACAGCUGGCAGCAACAGUUUUGGUAUUGUUUUGUACAUGAGCCUGGUUGUUGAGAAUUCAAAGCCAGCCCUGCCGUGCUGCUGUGAUGGAGGUAGCGAGCAGGUCUUUGCUGCAGCUCUCACGCGUAUAAAACCUGAAGUUUCAAAUGUUCAUGGUGAUAAUACUGCUUAUGGGGUUUGUUGUGUUUCUCCCCCCUCCCAUUAUUUCCUUUAUAUUGGGGCAAGGGGGGAGGGCGGGACGUUACUGGCAAAAAUAAAAUGCCUUUCCAUUAUA